AUGUUCACGAAGGGUGACGAGAUAUUCAAGUAUCUCAAGGCCGAUGAUAUCAUCUCCGUCCGGAUGUCUGCUGGUCCCAAGCACAGAAAUCAUGCCGACUUGGGAUACUUGGUUUUUGGGUUCGGGCAUGGACCUGAGACAUACAAGACACCCAUGCUACGGGACUCAUUGGAGAGCGCACCUCUCAUCUUGGUGUAUGCCCAAAAGCGGCAGGAAUGCCUCACGAUCCCAGUGGACGACCUUUCAUCUGUAAUCAAAGCAAACAUUGUUAAUGGCGGAUUUGCUCUGAUGGAUCGACUACUGAAAACCGAAGACAAUGACUGGAAAGUGGAGUGUCAUGCUAUGGUGCCGGAGGUCCCAGCUGCUGCAACGUCUCCCAACUUCGACUCGGUCACAGAGCUGGCCGAGGCCAAACACGGCCCUUCACCCCAGAUCGCCAAGCAGUCUACCAUCAAGAAAUCCAAGCCGAAGCCUAGCAUCAGCAAAGCAGGCAACGAUGCGUCCCCAGCAAAGAUCAUCGUCUUGGACGACUUUGAAGUCAACAGGGGCGACGGUGGGAAUGUUGUUCUGGAUCCUCGCGCCGAAGUCGUGGUCUAUCAGAUGCAUGCGCCUCUCUGGUCUGGGACGCUUUGGAAUACAGUCCUUGCAAACGCCAACCAACAAAUUCUUGCAAACAGACUGAAACGCCUUGGAGAAGCCAGACAGGAGAUCCUUUUGGGAAGACUGAAAGGUCCUGCACACGCCGGACAGAGAGCCCUUACAGACGAUGAACGGAAUGCCCUUGCAAGGGCUGAAGUCGAAGCCAUCACAGACGACGAACAGCAAGCUCUUGCAGAAGUCGAGCAGCAAGUUCGUGCAGACGCCGAACGGCAAGCCCUUGAAGGCCUCAGACAGCGAGUCCUUGAAAGGGUUAAAGAGCGUGCCCCUACAGACGCUGAAAAGCAAGCCCUCGCAGACACCAAACAGGAAAACAUUCAAGAGUCUAAAUUAAAUGUCCUUACAGCCGCCAAACUAAAAGCCCUUAUAACUACCACACUAGGAGAUCUCGCAAAGACUAAACCGGAAGCCCUUGCGGAUGUUGAACUGGAACGCUUUGGAAAGCUCAAAGAGAAAGCCGUUGAAGAAGCUAAGCAGGAAAUUCGUACGAAGGCCGAACAGGAAGCCGAUGAAGAACUCACACAAAAAGCCCUUGAAGAGGCUCAAAGGGACAUCCUUACGGAUGCCAACGUGGAAACCGAUACAAAGGCCAAACUGAAAGCCCUUACAAAGGACAAACUGGAAGCCCUUGUAGGCGCCGCACGGCAAGGCCUCUCGACCAUCGUCGUGAUUGACGCAGACGACCUUCGCGCCGAUGGAAUUCGCAUUUCUCGUGGCAUAUCGUGGGAGAAGACAAUGGAGGAUUUCCAUGCACAAAUCGGCAGAAUCAACGACAAGAUAAAGGAGGCUCAGAAGGAGGGUGACAAAGACCGAGUACCCGACAUCAUGAAAAGGGGGGUGCAUUUGCUUGUGCGCUGCGGCUACGAAGGUGUCCUCCACCUGCGACCAAGCCUUGGCCGCAACCCACGCUCAUUCGUCUUCCACAUGGUGCCGAACAUGGCUGAGGGUGACCUUCUGCGGCCCUACCGUGGACAGAUGUCAGGCAUCCACCUGGCGUUCGUCGCCGGACUGGCUGCCUCUCUCGCCAGACAUCCCAAAACACGCUCUGGGAAAAUGGGCCGUACACAGGUAGGAACGGCUAUCGAGUUAGCCAUCGUCUGGUCCCACCGUUUUGCAUCCACAGGGUUCUGCAAGGAUGGCGACGGUUUCAACUAUCCCGAUGCCAAGGACGUCAACAACUACCAAACUUCCAAGACAAAGGUCAUAUAUGGCGAUCAAGACAAGAUGGGCGGACGGUACAGGAUCGGAUAUGAGCCGGUCGAUCAAGAGGCAACCACAAAAGAGAAGGCUUGGUCUCUUUUCAGUCUCCUUGAACAGAAACGACACCCUGUCGCCGCUGAGGUUGUCAAGCUGGGGACAAACCGCCUCGAAGCCAGCAUUCCAACUGCCCGAUUCGGGUUUGUGCAGACGGCAGACCGAACCGAGAUUGAGGGUUACCGAUCCACUGCCGCUGUGAUCCAUGAGUAUCUGAGCAACAAGGUGAAGAAACCGCUAUCGAUUGCCGUUUUUGGGCAGCCAGGUGCUGGAAAAUCCUUUGGCGUGAAGGAAGUCAUCAAGGCGGUGCUCAAACACGACAAGGACUGGGAGCCGAUCGAAGCCAAUCUCUCCCAGUUUUUGCAGUACUCAGACUUGGUUCGCGUCUUUGACAAGGUCAGGGAUACGGCACUGAAGGGCGAGACUCCAGUCGUACUAUUUGACGAAUUUGAUUCCGCCUUCGGUCAGGAUGCCCUAGGCUGGCUCAAGUACUUCCUGGCACCUAUGCAGGAUGGCGAGUUUCUGGAUUCAGGUUUCGUACGGCCGCUGGGACGAGCCGUAUUUAUCUUUAUCGGCGGGACCUCGAGCACAUUCAGGGAGUUCAAAUAUGGCACAGAGGCGAAAGCCAACGAUGUAGAAGCCGCCGAGAAGAGAGCCCGCGACAAGGUAGCUGCCGAGAAGAAAGCCCGUGAGAAUGCAGCACGCGACAAAGAAGACCGCGAUAAGGCGAUCUGCGAACUGUCAGACGAGGAGAAGCCAGCUGCUAAGCAGGCCGCCGCCGUGCGCGAAACCGCCGAUACGAAAGCCAUCGAGAUGGUAGUUCAGGUGAGGGAAAAGGCUGAGAAGGAAGCCCGCGAAAAGACCGCCCAGAUCUCGACCCCUGAUGAUAAGAAGGCAAAGAAACCCGACUUUGUAAGCAGAUUGAGUGCACACAUCAACGUCAAGGGUCCGAACCAAAGCGAUGACGACGACGUAAUGUUCGUCAUGCGACGAGCAAUGCUGCUUCAAGGCCAGCUGAGAAAGCACUUCAAGGUUGACCCCAAGGACAUACAUGUGGACGAGACUGUUCUCAACGCACUACUGAAGCACAAACACUUCCCCAACGGCACUCGCUCGAUUGAGCUGAUUCUGCAGUCAAGCAGGCUAUCUGACGGUCGUAGGUUUGAGUCUUCCGAUCUACCCUCGGCUGAGCAACUUACCAUGCAUGUGGGUGACGUCGCAGCCUUUCAUGCCCUGAUUGACGAGCCGAUUGAAAUGGCACCGGUCCGUCCGGUGGACAUCGAUUUGUACAACAAGUUGAUGUGGGCUAGGCUGAAGAAGGACAUUGACUAG